AUGUCCAAACAAGGUAGCGGUCCUACCUUGUUGUUAACAUCAUCAGAUACGACAAGAAACUUGUCAAGUAUUACUCCUUUCAAUGAUUCCAUUCCCAACAACAACAACAACAACAACAACACGACAUAUCCGAAACCAACCAAUUUGAAUAUUCAAAUUUCAAACGAUGGUAUUCAAUCAUCAUUACAAACGAACCAUAACCACCACCAUAACCACUCAAAUUCGAGUAAUAUAAAUCUCUCAUUUUGGAAUUCCAUUCUUUCUCCCAAAUCAUUCAUUCCAGAAGAACAUUUAAAAGAUAUUUAUUUAAAUAAUAACAACUUGUAUUCAAAAAGUAACAACAAUGACUCUUUCAAUGAUUCUGAUAACGAACAAGACUAUGAUGAAAUGGAAGACAUGAACACCAUUCUCUCUCAUAGAAAUGAUCAUUCCUCAUUAUUCAUUUCAAGUUAUCAUGACAUUGAUCAAUAUAAUAUUAAACAAAUUAAUUUCUGGUGGAUGAAAUAUAUGGAUUCAAUAUCACGAGAUGAAAAAGAGAGAUCACUCAUUCGACUUGUUACACUCAUUUCAGAUUCAUUUGAUAGUAAUUCAGAUAUUCACUAUGUGUUACCAUUUUGUCAAUUGAACAUUUCACAACUUGUUACUCAUUUAUCAUUGGAAUUUAUAAGACAUUUUUGCAAUUUAUUUAAAUCUGAAUUCAAUGUUACUCCUUCUAAUUUUAUUCAUUUCAUGAAUCGAUUGAAUAGAGAAGAGUACACUGAACAACAAUUUAUUAGAAAUUUAUUGUCAGUGUUGGAAUUUGAAAAGGUGAAGAAAUUCUUUUUUACAGAAACCAUGAAUCAUCAUGAUACGAAUGGAAAAUCAUCAUUGGAAUAUCAUAAUAGUUUGUGUUGUUUACUUGCCAAGUCUUUAUCAUUACUUUUUGAAAGUUGUAAUACCAUCUCUGUCAUGAAUGGUCUCUCAACUGCAGUAAUUACAUGUAUGAGAUUGACAUGUCUAUGGUUUGGUCUUUCUGGUCAAAAACAAGAUUCAUUUCAGAAAGAUUCACAUUCUCGAACGAAUCCUUUGUUGAACUUCAUGAUUCAUUCCAUUCACAACAACCACCAGAACCACAACACACAACCACCAGAACCACAACAACCACAACAAUCACAACAACAACAACCAAUUUUCUGUGGACGUAAAAACAACAACACACGUUUAGCAGAAUAUAUUCAAGUCUAUUAUACCUAUUCUACUUCAAGUGAAAAGUAUAAAAUUAGAGAAACACUCACUACUGAAGAUACUAGCCCAAGUAUUAUUUUAUCUAAUUUAUUAUUACAAAUAUCUAAAAAGAGUGUUCAUGUAUAUACAGAAGUAUUUAUUCAAACCAAAGUAUGGAGAAUAUUAUUUAAUACUAUGAAAAGUAUGACACGAUUAUUUCAAUGUCAUGAUCAUGUGAAUGAUAUGACUCAAGUGGGUGGUAGUGGUAGUAGUAGUGGUAGUAGUAGUGGUAGUAGUAGUGGUAGUAUGAAUAUGAAUGAUAUGACUCAAGUGGGUAGUAGUAUGAAUGAUCAUACGAAUGAUUCCAGAGAUUAUACGAAUGAUCAUACGAAUGAUUCCAGAGGUCAUACAAACAACCAUUCUGAACCAUUUGAGAAUAUCAUUCACUUGUUCAUUCAAUUCUCUAAUUUUGUUUCUCUCUCUGUUGGACACAUGUUUCUUUUAGCAUCCAAAGAUAUUCGAAAUUUAAUUGAAUUGAGUUCAUCCAAAGUAUUUAUUCAAGUCAUGUCCUUUCUCAAUGAUAUGGAAAAAGAAAUUCAAUUAUUUAAGAAUAAUUCAUUUUUAAAGAUGACCAUACUUUACAUGUUUGAAAUGUGUGUAUGGGCACUUUUUACAUCUUUACAUUUAGUACCAAAUUUAUUGAUGGAAUUUGAACAUUGCGAUGGUUAUGAAUUGAUGAAGAGAGUAUUUUAUAAUAUUAAUUCUCAGCAAGGGGGUGAAGGGAAUGUAACUUGUCAAAGAAAUGAAGAGAAUGUAACUUGUCAAAGAAAUGAAGAGCAUUCCAAAGAGUAUUCAAAUGACAUGCCCCAUGAAGAACAUCAUGAGAAUCGAAUUCAAGAUUUUUUAUUACAAUUUCAACAACAAAAACUAUUAACCAUUCUUCAUGUCAUGAUUACUCUUGUUUUGGAUUUAACUCUUCAUAUUCAACUUGUGAAUCAACAAGAUGCUAUUCAAGAAGAUUUGGGAGAUUGUAAAAGAAAUCAACAUAUUUUUGAUUUACUUGUUUAUUUAUAUGAUACGACAGAUAUGUCUAAAAUUGUAAAGAAGAAGAAUGAAACCAUUUGCAGCAAUGAUACAUCAACAAGUAGUGAUAUUAUUACUACAACUAGUAGUAGUAGUGGUAGUAGUAGUAGUAGUACUACUCUAACUCAAAUUCAUGACACUCUAAACUCUACUCAAAUUCUAAACUCUACACUUGAAAAUGAUGAAAUUCAUUCCUUUAUUUGUAAAAGAGAAUUACUCGAUCAUAUUCUAUCUAAUUUAACACUAUUUCAUGAAGAAUAUUUCAAAACUCUGUAUUUGAGUGAACCAUUUAAAUACAUGUGUAAGAAUUUCACAUCUACGAGUAAGGAAAUGCAAAUUCAACUUCUCAAAACAUUUGAUCACUAUAUUCAUAUAUUCUGUGAAUGUCAAAAUGAUAAAAUCAAAACAGAUUUGAUAUGUAGAGAUUUCAAUGAAUAUCUUGGAAUGUUAAAAACCAAUCAUUUGAAAUUCUUUGAUUCUAUUAUGAGAGUUUGUGAUCAUUUAUUAGACAAAAUGGAAGAUUUAAAUAGAAUUUCACUGAUACAAGUUCUAUUAAGAAAUUCUAAUUUUACUACAAUUAUUUUACAAGCCAUUCAUUUGAGUGUUGAGAAUAGAAAUACUCAAGUCAUGCUCAAAUUAGUGAAAAUGAUUUAUUUAUUUUUACAAAAUAAUUUAGAGAAUCAUAAAGAUUUUAUGAAUGCAAUGACUCCAAAAGAUAAUGCUCUCUACCAAUUACUCUAUGAUGAAGAAUUGAUAUUGAAUACAUUGGAUGUCAUUUCAAUGAUUGUCAUUCAUGAUCGAUCUCAGACUUGGGAUUUUAUUAUUUGUGAUUUAUUAGAAAUUAUGAAAGGAAGUGGACAGGGUAGUCAUAAUAAUAAUAAUAAUAAUAAUAAUAAUUUCACUUCUCUACAACAUAGUAGUAAUCUUUGUGGUAAUAAUAAUAACACUUCUCUACAACAUAGUGGUAGUGGUAAUAAUAAUACUUCUCUACAACAUAUUGGCAAUGAUAACAAUAAUAAUAACAAUAAUAAUAGUACCAAUAAUAGUAAUAACAAUAACAACAUUGGUAAUAACACUACCUCUAAAAAACAUUUGAAAAUGUGUGAACGAAUUCUCGUAUGCAUUCGUAAAAUAUUCAUUGAAAAUGAAAAUGUUAAAAAUUCAUUUCGAAAAUGUAAAGGCUAUGAAAGAGUCAUUCAUUUACUGAAUCUAUUUAGUAAUAAUUUAGAAUGCUAUGAUUUAGUAUUUAGUAUCGUUCAAUCUAGUAUUAAUUUACUAACUCUCUCCAUGUAUGAGAAUUUAGAUAAUGAAACCUAUUUCAAGAAAUUCAUUACCUUCUCUUCCAUGUUUCAACCACUUCACAAGUGUGGUUUUGUUAAGAGUUAUGAACAUGGAACUCAUCUUACUAUGAAUUUACUUCAAUUCUCAGUAAUGAGUCGUGAUCACUCGUUGUAUUGCUAUGAUGAUCCUACAAGAAAUAAUUUGGAGAGAUUUAAAAAGUGUAUUGAAGAAAAAGUUUUACUUUUUGAGAAUCCUGAAAUAUUUCCAGAAAUAUUACUCAAAUUGUAUGGAAGAAAUUUACAGGAAACUGAUCCUAAAUUAGCCAAUUUCUUGAUUGAUAUGUUAUUUCGGUUAGUUCGUUAUUCCACCAAUAGACAUCGAUUAUCAAAGGCUAAAUCACUACUCAUUUUAAUGAAAGAGUUUAGUAGUGUCUUGUUGGAUCCCACUCAUUAUCUCUCAUCAAGAAUUACCAAAUUGCUCAUGUUGUUAGCCUCUCAUAAUUUCUCAACACGUGAAAUGCAAUAUUAUUUUACAUUGUUUACACCAGAUCGAUUAUGGAGUGUUCAAGGUGCUCUACAGCAUGGUUUAACAAGUAGUAAUAAUAGUAGUAAUAAUAGUAAUAAUAGUAAUAAUAGCGGUAACAAUAGCAGUGGUACUACUACUACUAGUAGUUCUAGUUUUGGAAUUUCUCAAACCAUGAAUCUUUUCGAUGGUGUACACCAACAAGGUGGUAGUAGUAGUAGUGGUAUGAAUAUGACAAGUAAUAGUACUACUAUUACUACUAUUACUACUAACAACAACAACACCACCACCAAUAGUCAUUCAUUACACCAUCUCUCUUCAUCAUGUUCCACACGAACCAUUAACAAUCUUCUCAAAACUCUCCUCGAACUCUCUGAUCAUUCAUUCAUUCCAAAUUAUUAUAUUGAUUUUUCACCUCUCAAUAAGGAUAAGAUAUUUAAAAUUGAUGAUUUAAAACAACUUAAAAGUAAGAAGAGAUUAUUUUCAAGUUCAUCAAGUAAGGCUGCACAUGAUAAGGAAGAACGAAUUCUCAUGAAGAGAGCUCUCAACACAUUUUCUGCCAUUUUAUUUCCAAAAUUCAAUUAUUCUUCAUGGCCAAGUGAAAAAGGUCAUACGACCACUCUAUGGUUUAGAAUUGAAAGUACUUUGAAUGAAAGUAUGAAAGGACAAUCCAUUUCAUUCACACCUCCGAGCGUAUCUGCCAUGUCAUAUUCUCCAACCAACUCGGCAUCUCCAAUUUAUCUCUAUAGUUAUUCUUCUCAUGUCAAUUCUACUGCCAUGCAUUUAUGUAUGUUACCUCAAAUGAAAUUGAGUGUGCAAGUAGAGAGAACGAAUGACAAGUCAUGUUUCAAUGAAAUAUUCACACACUAUGAUUUUAAAUUAUAUCAAUGGUAUUUUAUUGGAUUGAAUUAUCAAUUGAUUCAAUUACAAGAUAAGAUUGAACAUGUAUUUAAUUUGUAUGUGAAUGGAUUUCAUGUUCAAAAAGUUGUACAUGAAGAAUCUAUGGACAAGUCAUUGGUGGAUCGAUUUAAAUCAUUUUUAAAUUUCUCAAAUACGAGUUUAGAAUUUGUUGCAAUGGGAGCCAAAGUCACUGAAGUGAGUUCCAUGCUCAAUCGAACCAUGAAGAGUGUCAUGAAUAAGAGAUCAAGUAAUAGUGGUAGUUUGAAUAAUAGUGGUGGUGUGAAUAGUACUAUCAAUAAUUUGAACAGUACGAAUAAUGGUGAAGAUCAUCACUUUACUGUAAUGACAACCAAUGACACUCUACAACCACCACCACCACUACUACCAUCACCACUUCAUUCUCAUACUGGUGUGAGUACGACGAGUAGUAGCACAAGUAAUAGUAGUACAAGUAGCCAUAACAGUGGUGAUAGCCCUAUCAAUACAAAUCAUCAUCAACAAGAACAACAACAACAACAAGAACAACAACGACAACAACAAGAACAACAACUCACAAUGGCAACCAGUAAUGUUUCAAGAGAUGAUGAUCAUACAUCGAGUCAGACUACAAGAUGUUCCAUUCCUUCCCAUUUGCAAGAAACUCAAAAAACUACUACUCUUGGUAACCAUUCGAGUGGAUCCUCACAAAUUCCAUCAUCCACCACCACCAUCGUUGGUACACCACCUCCUUCUACAAAUCCUCAAUACGACUCGCCACAUCAUCUCAAAGAAUCUAUUUUUGUAUGUCCUGCUUUUCAAUUAGGUAACAUGUUCUUUAUUGAAGAAUGUCUCAAUGAUGAAGAAAUGUACAUGAUGUAUCAUUUAGGACCAAAUUAUAUGGGAAGUUUUGAUGAAGAUCUCAGUCAAUACUUUUGUAAUGAAAUGAUUAAUGAGGAAAGUGUUGUGAAAUUUAAGAACAAAAUUUAUUACAUGAAAGAUUGUUCUAAUAAUGUAGGAUUGAGUCAAUUAUCGAAUCGAUUUGUAUUUGCAUUUUCAAGUGUCGAUGCAAGUGUUAUUACAAGAUUGGCAACAUCAUCCUCUCAAUCCAAUACUUUGGAUACUGUCGAUGUUGUAUUUAGUAAUAAUAAGAACAAGACGAUGGGAAAGAGUAGGACAAGUCAUACCAGCACCAACACCAGCAAUGGCUCAACCACUGGCACGACUACGACCUCUUCUCAACAACAGUCUUUGGUUGGUCAUACUGCGACGACGACUACGACUACUACGACGACGACUACUCCGACCACUACAAUGAAUAUCACAACCGCAAACACUAACACUCCCGCCACACCAACGACUACGACCUCUUCUUCUUCCAACACCUCCAUGAUGGAUAAUACUACGAAUAGCAGCUCUUCUUUGAGUGGUUCCAAUAACAAUAACACAACCGCUAACAGUAACAACACCUCUUCGAAUCACUUUUACAACACUUCUGAUAUUCGAGCAUACAUUCCAAAUAGAAAUUAUAACAAUGCCAAUGCUCUCUCAUUCCAACGAACUUCAAACUUUAUUCCUAUCAAGUGUUAUCUCUCUGGUAAGACUACACUCGUCUCAAAAUGUACAUUUAAGGCAAAUUUAUAUGUCAUUGGAGGAAUGAAAUCUAUUUUAGGUCUCUAUGCUAAAAUGAGAGAUCCAUCGAGUAAGAUUUAUGUCUUGUUACUAUUAGCCUAUUUGAUGAAGUACAAUACAUUGAAUACAUUGGAAAUGAAUCGAUUAGGAGGUUACGAUAUGAUUAAUUAUCAUUUAUUGGUUCAAGGAAAUUCAUCAAAUCCAUUUAUCAUUACCAAUGCUGUUUUAUUAUGCAUGUUAGUCAUGUGUGGAUUGAAUAUUCCUAUUGAAACUAUUUAUGAACAUGUUAGUAUUACUCAUGGUAGUAGUAGUAGUCAUAGCAUUAAUAGUCAUAGCAGUAAUAGUAGUAAUCGUGGUGGUGAUCAUGGUACUGUCAUUGGCAAUACACCCAACUUGAAAGUUCGAGAUAUUUGUAAGAGUGGAGUCAUUAAUAAUUUUAUGGCAUUUGAAAAGUUAUUAUUAGAUUAUCGAAUUUGGCAUUCAAAUGCUCAUGUGAAUACUCUCAAGAAAAUGUUAAAAUGUUUAGCAGAAUUAGUUUCAUCUUCCUAUCGAAGCAAAGUGAAUGAACAUCAUCGAGUCAUUAUGCUCACCACUGUGAAUGGUGUGAAAAGAUUAUUAUUUGCCAUGUCUCAAGGAUAUGUCUUUUCAGAAAAGAUUGAAUGGCCAAUCAAAAUUAUUACACCCACAAUCAAGAUUUUGAAAUGUAUCAUUCCAUCUCCCAUCUCAAUGACUUAUUUAUAUCCAAUUGUUCAUGGUAGUAAUAGUGGUAGUAGUAAUAAUAACAAUAGUAGUAGUGGAUAUAAUCCUAAUAAUAAUAAUACCAGUGGAUAUAAUCCCAAUAAUAAUAAUGGACAUAAUGACCAUAAUAGUGAACCUAUUGAACCUAGAAAAUCAGUUCUCAACAUGUUCUAUAAUUUAAUGGAAGAGGCUCCAGAUGAUGUUUUGGAAGAUUUCCAUUCAGUUCUUCCUACUUCACAAAUUAUUGCACUUUUAUAUACAAAAUCUAAUCUCAUUCGAUGUAUCUUGUUGAAAAUGCUAGGAGUUUAUUUAUCAAGAAAGGAAUCAUUGAAAGAAAAUUUUGUCAAAACAAAUUCAGCACAUUUAUUAGCUCAACAAUUAUUAGAAGUUGGAAAUCCAUCACUUUUAGAAUUUCAAGUCAUGUUUGAUUUAAUGUUAGGAUUAUUUUCAUCAUCGACAACACCACCCUCUGCACGUCAAGAGAAGAAUACAUUUAUUGCAAAUAAUAGUACUGAUACUCAUACUACUCAUACUACUGAUACUACUACUCAACAAACUACUACUACACAAACCACUACUGCACAUACAUCGAACACUCUUCUUCGUAGUGUGGAUAGUAGUCAUUCGAUCAUUUCCACAGCUUUGCAUACUGUGGGUGCUACGAAUAGUUUUAGUGGAAUUUCUCAGAGUAGCACCAACAAUGAUCGUUUGUCAAGUACCAUGAAUCAUUCAACCAACACCACAUAUAAUCAUGAACAAGUCAAACAUGAUAGAACUCUCAAUGACGAUAACGAUCAGAAAAGUGAAAUGAAUCAAGACGAUGAUGAUCGUAUGAUGACAUUGAACACACAUCGACCCAAUCUCUCUCAACUCAUAGAAUUAGGAUCACCCGAAGAUCAUGAUGAUACAAAAUCCAAUUUUUUUGCAACUUCCAUUUCCAAUACUAGCGUUCAACAUGUUGUGAAUGAUGGUAAUAUUCAUAAUAGAGGAAUACCAGAGUCAUCUCUUUUAGCUUCACCUGGAAAGAACAAGCGAUCAAAAUCAGUGUAUUUCAAUUCUCUAUUACCACCAUCGAGCACAACAACAGCACAUCAUCCACCUUCAUCAGCUUUACAUUCAUUGAAUAGACUUAAAAAUUCAAUCAAUCUCAUUGAAUAUGAAUUUGCACAAUUAGAGUUUAAAGAAUUCUUAAUUCCAAUUCUCAAAUUAAUUCCACACAUUAGAAAUAUUGAUGAGAAAAUUAAUGUCUUUGAAACUAUUUUUAAACUUUUCAAAAAUGGUGGAGAGAAACUUCGAUUAUAUUUUUAUGAAAUCAAAGCACAUUGGUAUAUUCAAACCUAUUUAUCAAAUUUAGAUUUAAAAAUUGAAUCUACAUUUAAAUUUAUUCAACUCACUCUAGAUUUCAUUAUUGAAUAUGUGAAUUAUAGUAUUUUAAAUAUUCCAAAAGCAUAUUUAAAUCAAUAUGGAUUGAAAGGAAGUGUUGAAAUAUUAACAAGUAUUUUACAAUAUUUACUAGUCAUGGAGAAGUCAUGUUAUGAUAUUAUAUUCAUUCAAAAUAUGCAAAGAUAUAUAUUACAAGGUAUUCUCUUCUUUUUCCAAAAGAAUUAUCUCUAUGUGGAUCAACAAAAGAGUUCAACCAAUCGAAGUAAACAAAUUGAAAAGAAGGAAAAGAAGAUUAAGGGACAUUUGAAUGCUGUAUUUUUAUCCUUUUGUACUUGUGCAAGUGAUUAUAUUAUUCAAUGGUUUGAUUUACCAGAAUAUCCUCCAACAACGAGUUAUGGUGAUAGAGGUAGUGGUGGUUCUCAUGGUGAUCGAGGUAGUGGUGGUGGUGGCUCUGAUCAUGUUGUUCGAGGUGGUGGUCAUAAAAGUGAUUCUACAAGUGAUAACGGUCGAGCAGGUCAUGGAAGUAGUCGUAGUCAUGGAAAUGGUCAUUCAUUCAAUCAUCAUCAUCAAGAUUCAAAGAGAAUCGAUCCUACGACGUUACCAUCCAUCAAGAGCCUCACCAAACAACUCUCACAACUGGUCUCUCAUAACAAUCAUCAUGAAGAAGAUCAUUCACGUCGUACCAUGAUCACCACAUCAUCAUCAUCCACUCCUUUGAAACAAUCCACAAGUAUGAUAUUUUCAGAUUAUAAUAGUGUUGAUUGGAUGCAUCCACCUUUGAAUCAUACUUCAACUACUACUACUGCUGCUACAACAACAGCAACAACAACCAAUACGACUGAUGCCAUUUCAAGCAGUGCUAUUCAUACGGAUGACAUGGAUGUCAAUCAAAAGAUCAUGGUGGAACAUCAAGAACAGCCUCAGUACUCUUCUCAACGUAAUACUACAACACAACAUUAUCCAUCUGCUUCCAUGAACAACACUGCACCCAUUGUUGAGGUCAUUAUUGACAAUUAUUUGAGUAUGAAUGAAUCUCAUUCAACAACAUUGAAGAAGGUGAAUACUCGAAAGAUGAUACCUUCAUGGGAACAAUCCAAUCUCUCUGCAAAAUGUUUUUAUGAAUAUGAAUGUAUUUUAAUGAAACAUCAGCAACAACUUCAUGUCGAACACACAAAGAGCCAUGAUACGAUGAAUUUUAAUGAAGGACAACCAUCAGAGACAAGUCAAGGAACUAUGAACUUGAUCAGAACGAAUGAAGAGGCUAGUAGUAGUAGUAGCAGUACUACAAACAAUGAAGAGGCUAGCACAACUACUAGUACCACAACUACUACUACAACUGGUGGUACUGCUACCACUGGAACAACAACUACUAACAUGGAAUAUACAACGGAUGAUUUGAAUUCUCAAACCCAUAUACCACCAUCCACUCCCACUCUUCAACAACCACCACUCUUUAAUCAUUCCAUUCAUCAAAUUUCAGGAUUUAUCUAUUGGUUUGUUGAAUCUAUUCGGCGGUGUCUCAUCAUACAAAAGAAAGGAAAGAAGGGAGGAGCCUAUGCUAGUAGUGAUAAUGAUAAUCAAGAUUUUAAUCCAAUCUCAACUUGUGAAAUUGUACUUGUUGAACAAUUGAAGAGAAUAUUCAUGUUUUUAUUGGAUUCUAAACGAUCCAAAUCAGAUCAUAUAUUCACACUAUUACAAUUAUUAUACUUUUUCCCAUUCCAUUCUGAAUUGAUUAUUCAUGAUGUACUUCAAGAACCAAGUGGACAUCAAGAAAUGACCAAUUGUGGUAAAUUAUUGAAAUGUUUCUAUUCAGAUACCAAGUAUAUUACUCGACUCGUCUAUCGAACAGCACAUUUAUUUGAAAAGACAGAUACCAUUUUACCACAAUUGAAUCGAAAAGUUUGGAAAGCCAUCAUGAACUCAACGACUCAUAAAGAUUUUCUCAAGAAGAAUGUCUUUUUCAAGAAUUUUGAUCCGAACGAUCCAAUUGAAUUUAUUAGUAUGGUCGAAGAAGCCUCCACCGUCUCGGAAAAUAUCACGACAUUAAUAUUUGAACCCAAUGUUAUUGAUCAAGUGCGAGAAUGGGAGAAUACAGAAUUCUCUGUUUUCAAUUCUAAACUUACCUCUGUGACUGAGACAAUACUAAAAUCCGAAGAGACUGAAAAGAAGAGAGAUUUUAAUUUCAAGAAACAACUCCGAAAUGAACAUGCACAAUUAGAAUUGAAUAAGGUCAAGUUUUUAAAGCCUCAUAUAUUGAAAUUGAAAAGUAUUAUGGACACAGAUUUACAAGCUAGAAAGCAAUGGAAAAUGUUGAUCAAGUGUAUCUAUGAAGAUGUGAGUGCAUUCAAUGUCUAUAUUCAUACCAUGAAUGCAUACUGUGAUCGAACCAUCAAGACUCGUUCUACGAUAACAACCACUCGUUCUCAUGUCACGAAAGAGAAUGAUUAUCAUCGACUUGCAUUUAUACCCUAUGAUGCAGAAACGUAUGAAAAUGUGGAUUAUAAAUUAGAUUCCAUUUCUGGACCCAAUAGAGUCAAGAUGAGAAUGAAAAGACAAUUGAAAAAGAGACCAUUCCAUAUGGAUGAUGGUGUUACUGUAUUAGAGGGUAUGAGUAUGAGUGGUAGUGGUGGUAGUGGUGGUGGUGGUGGUAGUGGUGAUGGCAGUACAAGUAUUAGUAGUGGUAAUGCUGUUGGUGGUACAAGUAUUAGUGGUGCUAGUAGUGGUACCACCACUCAUCAUGUAUCAGUAGUAGUAGGAAAUAUCUCAACGAAUCGUCUCUCACAUCGAUCCAACACCAACAACCAUGAUGUAGAUGACCAUCCUCAUGUGCCAAGAGAACGAAGAUCUGUAACAUUUGAAAUGACUCUCCACAAGACUCAAAUUCUUUCUGAAUCACAAUCGGAUGAUGGUUUGUCUCUGCUUGUGGUUGCGGAAGAAAGUCUUGGAGAAAGUCUUGGACUCCACAACAACACAGAGACUGUUGUGGACCAUAACUUGUCAUCCAAUAACAACAACAACACGACCAGUAACAACAAUAUUAUCAACAACAACACACAUACUCUCACAAUGGCCAAUUUUGAAGUGAAUAGUACCACAACGACCAGUAACAACAAUAAUUACUCCUAUCUCACCAUUUCGAAUAUCAUUUCUGAACCAAAGAAAUGUAAACGUAUUACUCCUCUCCGUAUUACAGAAGGUGAAUUAGUGUUGGGUGAAGAUGGAGUCUAUUUCAUUGCAACAUGUUCCUAUCCACUCACCAUUAGAACCAAUUCUACAACAACAACAAGCACAGGUGUUUCUUCUUCUCAUAUCAAGUCUCAUCAUGAAAUGAAAAAGACAUACAAUUUUUCCUAUGAAAUUAUUCGAGAAAUUCACAAUCGAAGAUACUUGUUGAAAAACAACGCUGUGGAAUUCUUUUUAGUGAAUGGUAAAUCAUUCUUCUUUGCAUUUGAAGAUGGAGAAUCACGUGAUAAGAUACUCUCAUUACUCACAUCACCAUCCUCUCGAUUCAGUUAUAUUAAUUUAACACCUAAUUUGAAUUUACCAAAUUUAGUCAAUUAUGAAGAAGAAGUGAAUGGUAAAUUAAUAUUCAAAAAAUCCAUUACACAAAAAUGGGUGGAAGGUACUAUAAGCAAUUUUGAAUAUUUAAUGCAUUUGAACAUCUUGGCAGGAAGAUCAUUCAAUGAUCUCACUCAAUAUCCUGUAUUUCCAUUUAUAUUAAGAGAUUAUGACAGUGAGGAAUUAGAUUUAUCAGAUCCAAAUACGUUCCGUGAUUUACGUAAACCUAUGGGUGCUCUCAAUGACAAACGUCUUGAAAAAAUUAUUGAACAAUAUGAAGCUACAAAAGAAAUUGAAGAUCAACCCUAUCAUUAUGGUUCACAUUAUUCCACACCGAUUGCAGUUUCAUAUUAUUUAGUGAGAAUGGAACCAUUUACAAGAGUAUUCUUUGAAUUCAAUGAUGGUAAAUUAGAUUUGGCAGAUCGUACCUUCCAUUCCAUUAAAAAGUCAUGGGAAUUGUCGAGCGGUGAAACACAAUCCAAAUCUGACUUUAAAGAACUCAUUCCAGAAUUCUUUUAUUUACCUGAAUUUUUACAAAAUAGAAAUCGAAUUGAUUUUGGAGUGUUACAAAAUGAUAUGAGAUUUGAUGAUGUUGAAUUACCAAAAUGGGCAAAAGGAGAUCCAGUACUAUUUAUUAGAAAACAUAGACAAGCUCUUGAAUCUGAUUAUGUCUCUCGAUCAUUGGCAGAUGAAGUCGAUUUGAUUGAUGAUCCCAUUACACGUGAAGCGAGAUGGACACAAAUAUGUACCUAUGGACAAACACCAAAACAAUUAUUUAAAAAACCUCAUCCUGAAAGAUAUGCUACAACGAAUUUGAUGGGUGGUGAACAAGAUACUAUUAAUGUCAUUCCAAUCACGAAUUAUAUCUUUAAAGUAGCCAAUGAACUAUGUCCUGGAAAUAUUAGAAUAUUCAAAGAAGCUGUUCAAGAUUUGUACAUUCGAAAUGAUCAAACCACGUAUAGUGGAAGUGUGAUUGCGGUUGGAAAACAUCAAAUUUUCAUUCCACCUUCAGGACAAGUCAAUAUGCAACGAAGUAAGAACUCUCCAGUCUAUCUCUCAUUUAGACAUUGGGAUAAGACUCUUAGAAUUUGUAAAUGGGAUACUGGAAAGCCACUUCAUGUCUAUCAUUUUAUGAAUCAACCUGAAAUUUACAAAUGUGCUCGUUUCUCAAACAGUGGUGAUGUAUUAGUGGUUGGAACUAGUAUUGGAGCAUUACAUGUCUUUCGUGUCAAUACUCGUGUCAAGAUUCAUAACAAUAAGAACACACCAGAUACCACCAAUGUGAAUACAGAUAAGGAUAACAAGUUUUUAGAUCAUGCUGCAACAUUGAGUGGACACUCGGAUUCCGUUCUGUGUGUUUGCAUUUCUACAGAAUUUUCAAUGAUUGUGAGUGGAUCGAGAGAUUGUUGUCUAAUGAUUUGGGAUUUGAAUCGUUUUAGAUUUGUCAAAGCGAUCAAACAUGAUGGUAAAGUGAGUGUGAUUGCAGUUUCACCCACCACUGGAGAUAUUGCUAGUUUUUGUCAGAAUUCUGUGAAUGGCCAAAAUCACUUGUAUUUGUGGACUGUGAAUGGAGAUUUAAUUUCCUAUUCAAACAUUAGAGCUAAAAUUACAUGCAUGAAAUUCACAUGGAUGGAUGAAGGAAUUAAUCAAAAUGUGUUAGUGUGUGGAUUGGCCAAUGGAACCAUUGCCAUUUUAGAUGCUCUCUCAUUGCGUGUGAUUUCAAAAUUGAAGAUUACAGAUUAUACAGCACCUAUUCGAUGUAUUGACAUUAAUCCUGCCAUGACUGAAAUUGUAGCUGGAGAUGAUCGAGGAUUUGUGGUGAGUUGGCACAAGAAGCAUUAA